CAAUUUUUGGAAAAAUGAAGCUAGUAAAAGAAUUUUUAGAAUUAUUUUUUUAUGUUAUUGUAUAGUAAUAAAAAUACAAAGUGAAUUUUUUAAUUAUAACCUAAUACAAAUAAACGAUUCUCUAUGGUUGAGAGAUGAGAGCCUAGAGUUCACUAGAAUUAAAGAAUUUAAGUUUCCAAGAAUUUGUGUUAUGGGAGUGAACGCUUUAAAUAGGUUGUCAUAUUUUGAAUUAUGUUAAAGACGAUAUUUAUAGCACAAGAAUGUCCCGCAAAUGCAUUGGCUUUGAACAAGGAUUAUAAUAAAGUUGUUAUUGCUGGAAGAAAUGUUUUUAAGAUAUUUUCUAUCGAAGAGGAGGAAUUUGUAGAAGUCUGUAACCUUAGAGUUGGAAAGAAUUUGAAUUUAAAUUUUUCUUGCAAUGAUGUUGCAUGGAACAACAUUGAUGAUCAUAUUCUUGCAACUGCUGCUACAAAUGGAGCUGUUGUUGUCUGGAACUUGAACAGAGCAUCAAGAUCCAAGCAAGAACAUGUAUUUGUGGAUCAUAAACGCACAGUCAACAAAGUUUGCUUUAAUCCUGUUGAAGCGAAUUGGUUGAUAUCAGGAUCACAAGAUGGAACCAUGAAAACAUUUGAUUUACGGACCAAAGAAGUCAUUAAAACAUUUUUUAGCAAUACUGAAAGCGUUCGAGAUGUGCAGUUCUCACCGCACUCUCAUUUCACCUUUGCAUCUGUUUCUGAAAAUGGUAAUGUACAAUUGUGGGACAUGAGAAAAACUGAAAAAUGUGUUUUACAAUUCACAGCACACAGUGGCCCUAUAUUUGCAUGUGACUGGCAUUCAGAAAAGCCAUGUCUUGCAACAGCUUCAAGAGAUAAGACAAUUAAAGUGUGGGAUUUGUCAGGAAGACCUCUUUUGGAACACACAAUUAGUACUAUUGCAUCAGUUGGACGAAUCAAAUGGAGACCCCAAAGUACAUUUCAUAUAGCUUCGGUAGCCUUAGUUGUUGACUGUACUGUUAAUGUCUGGGAUGUAAGGAGGCCUUACAUACCGUAUGCUGCAUUCACAAAGCAUAAAGAUGUUGCCACAGGGAUUGCCUGGCGUGGAAGCCCUGAUGUUCUUCUAACAACAAGCAGGGACUGUACUCUCUAUCAGCAUACUUUCAAAGAUGCUGUUUAUCCUGCUCUUCAUUCAAAUCAAAAGGCAUUAGAUAUUAGUCCGUCAGGUGAAAUUGCUUUUGCUUUUCGGAUUAAUGCUGGACAAUCUAGACAGAAUAAAUUGGCUGGUACAUCUAGGAAACCUGGUAAUGAGGAAUUUUGGCAGGCUAGCAGUGCACUAAAUGUUAUUAGAAGAGUUCUUAACAAAGAACUAGACUGGCUUUUAAAAUGUGCUGAACAAUAUGUAUUAGCUGGAAAACCUUUGGCUGAUAUUUGUGAUCAUAAUGCUGAUGUUGCAAGACGUUUAGGACGCUUAGCGGUAAGUUUGUUAUGGACAACAGUUAAGACUUUGUAUACUCCAAGGACGUCAGAUCAUGGCCAUCAGACUCCUUCUAAGGAAGAGCAAGUUGAUGGUGAGGUGGAAGGAGAGCGAGAUAAUGAAAUUAGGAGAGAAGAUGAUGAUGACUUAGGAACACGACUUGGUGAUUCUGUUGGAGAUUUCUUCUUUGGGGAUGCAGAAAUGGAUCCUCUGUCAAUGGAUUUUGAAAUAAACGGUUUAGAUGGCUUGAUUUCUCAAGACUGGGGUAUACCUAUGGAAGCUUUUCCUUUAAGGCACGAAAUUCUGGACAGGUCUCCUCCACCAGAACAGUACACAGCACCAGACUCACCUGAUUCUGCUGAUGGCGAGAUGCAGGGUUUGAACUUGGAAAAUUCUCUAUCCCUUAAAGCUAUUGGGAGCUGUAAGCCUAUGAGCUGGGAGGCUGGAGUAACACUUGCUGAUGCCCUGCGCAGUCAUGCAGAACAAGGGGAUGUACAAACUCCUGUUUGUAUUUUGAUAGCACUUGGUGAAAAGAGAAGCAAUCUCAUCUCUCAUAUUGAACCUGUAGAACAAGAAACAUGGACGUUUGCUUACUUGGACAUUCUUUCGCAGCAGAGGAUGUGGCUUCAUUCUAAUCAGAUAAUAAAGCUUUCAUGGUUACCAAGUGUUUCACAAUUGAACCAGCAAUCAACUACUGUAUAUACUGGAUGCUCUUAUUGUAAUAAACCUUUGACGCAGGCAGGCUGGAUGUGUUCUAAAUGUGAUCAAUCAGUCGUUUGCAGUCUCUGUCACCAGGUUGUCCAUGGACUCUAUGCUUGGUGCCAAGGUUGUAUGCAUGGUGGUCACUUGACACAUAUGAAGGAAUGGAUAGAGAAAAAAAAAUUUUGUCCAACUGGCUGUGGCCAUGCAUGCCAGUAUAACUAGUCAAUAUUUUUAUAAGUAAUUUUCUUUAGGUUAUAUUAAGUUGGUAUGGUAUGGUAAGUUGUUAUUGAGUAUGAUUACUAGUUCCAACCUAGAAUGUCAAAGGUUCAUAAUUUCCUAUUAUUUAUAAUUAUUUUAAAACAUUUAAAGUGAUAAAGAUCUGAAUGAAAUUAAGUAUUUUCAACUCAUCAGUUGAACUUUAAUAUUAUGUGGGUUAUGAAAGUAGUGGGCAUUUUGAACCAAAAUAUUUUAAAUAUUUAUUUUUCUCAAGUUCAAAUAUACUAUAAAAUUUGAGGCUUGUAGCAAAACAUUAGUGACUCAAUUUCUAUUGUUUAGAAGCAGAAUAAAGCAAUAUGCAGAUAAAUAAGUAUAAUACUUAUUAAUGUGAUAAUCGUCAGCAAUGCUACUUAAAUCUUAUUGUUAAUGUGCAGUUUAGUAAUUUAUUAAUAGAUGCCAUGUUAUAAAAAAAAUGUAUGUGUACAUAUAGGAGUGCUCACAUUUUUUAAAAUUUUUAUCUUGCAUUAUUUUAUUUUUUUUAACUGAAUACUUGAAGAAUUAUCCUAAUGUCAAUAUUUUAAUUUUGAAUCAUUUUAAUGAUGAAAUAAUUUGCUUUAAAAAAAAGAUCUAUAUUGG